AUGUACAUCACCCUUUACUACAUAGUCACCCGGCUCCCUGACUCCCUUCGCUCGGUCAGGGACCACUUCCUCUCUAUUUGCCCCACCACACUCACCGUUGAUCUCCUCGAGGAGCGCCUCUUGGCAACUGAGAAGAGUAUAGUCGCUGUAGGAGCCUCUCGUGGUGACCCUCGUACCCCCUUCUUUGAGGGGUGUUCCCCCUCCCCCCUCUUGCCCUCUGUUGCCUCUGCUGCUGCGGCCGACCUCGUUGGCCUCGAGUCGGUCGGCGCUGCGUCUGCCCCUAGCGGGAGACGCCGCACAGGCAAGGGCAAGGGGGGCAAGGGCGUAGGAGGAGCUGGCGGGGGCGGUGGAGGUGGCGGUGGAGGCGGCGGAGGGGGUGGGGGUGGCGGUGGGAGUGGUGGUGGGGCUGGAGGCGUUGGUGGCGGCGGUGGAGGCGGAGGCGGCGGCGGCGGUGGGAGCGGAGGAGGCGGCGGUGGCGGCAGUGGCAGAGGUGGCGGCAGCAGCGGUGGAGGAGGUCGGGGUGGCUCUACGCAGCGGGGCGGCUUCGGUGGUGGUCAGCGCCAGCAGCAGCAGCAGCGCACUCGUGAGACCCCGUCCCACAAGAAGCUUCGUGAGUGGCUUGCACUCCACUCAGCGCUGCUUCGGCCGCCUGACGGUGCUUGGCGUCUCCAAUUCCCUGACGCCACUGAGUUCCCUCGCUGGGGCGAGCUGUUUAGGUCGGAGGUUGCUAUCUUUGAUCUUGAUUAUGAUACUAUUCUUGCUGCCAUGUAUGCUGUGUCUUCUAGUGAUGAGGGUGACUCUUACCUGUGUGUCCCGCCUGAACCGGGCAUUGAGGCUGCUGCUCUAGGUGCUGGUGAGGCUGCUCCUCUAGGUACUAGUGCGUCUACUGCCCCAGGUGCUCGUGAGUCUGCUCUCUCAAGUACCACGUCGGCUCAGGCCUUCCACACCUUCACCCUUGACUCGGGUCUUUACCUCCCCUCGUUCUCUACAAACUUGGUGAGUGGUGCUGACCUACAGGAUGGAGGGGUUCACCAGUUCACUCGUGCGAGUCACCGAGUGACCCACUGUACUUGUGCUCGGACGGGCCGACACUUGGCCAUGUUUACCCGUCAGCCGGGGUCGAGCCUGUACACAUUGACUACUGAGUCUCCUCCGGUCGCUGAGUCUGGUCAGGUAGCUACGUCGGGUCAGGUGUUUGCUGCAGUGUCCAAGUCUGGUCGUGAGUCUGCCCCCUGCUCGUGUCGCCUCCUGUCUCACCAGACUCUCCUCUGGCACCACUGCCUUGGUCACCCCUCCUUGCCUCGUCUCCGAGGCAUGGCCUCCCGUGUCCUUGUGUCUGGUCUCCCCCGGUCCCUACCUCCCCUUCCUCCGGGGCCUGCCCCUACAUGCGUUCCCUGCGUCAAGGGGCGGCAGCGCGCCGCUCCUCACUCCCCCGAGUUUUCUCCGACAGAGGCUCCGCUGCAGACGCUUCACAUGGACGUGUGGGGCCCAGCUCGCGUCCGUGGACAGGGUCACGAGCGUUACUUCCUGCUUGGUGGUUGA